UCUUCCAGGAAUCCGGAAGCCGGCCGCGCUUUCCGGCUCGCGGAGAGAAGAGAGGUGGAUGCUCGCACACGGCAUCUUAAGGAUCCCGGCGGCGAGGAAGGUGGUGAAACGAGCCUCCGCAAUGGAGAACGGCAAGGUCUACAUCCAUUACAACCACACCGACCCCUGCCGCCACUCCAGAUGGACCGCGAGAGAGAGCUACCGGUAUAUGUACAGAAGGCCGUGGCGGAAGGUGGUGGACUUCUACUCAGAUUUGGUGAGCAGCGGCAAGGGGGCUUCCUCACUUUCGAGUUUGUUGGCUACUGGGAAACUUGUGCCACAGGAUAUUACUGAAAAUUUUCAUAGUUGUGAGGGAACAUGUUUAGCAAAUAUACCCACUAAAGAUAAGACAGGAAGAUGGGAAAGAGUAACAUUUAAGAUUGUUUUAUCAUACCACGGUGGUUCAUUUGAUGGGUGGCAGAAGCAGCCUGGUCUGAACACUGUUCAAGGACUAGUAGAAAAGCCUCUUGGAAGAUUUGUUGAUGAAAGGAAAGCUGAGAAACUCAAAGACAAAUCUCUGCCGCUGGAAGGCUGUGCUGCUGUUGCUGGGCGCACUGAUAAAGGGGUGACUGCUCUUCAGCAAGUUUGUUCAUUUUAUACUUGGAGGAAGGAUGUCAAAUGUGGAGAUAUAAAAGUUUCCAUCAAUGAAGCAGCUCCAGGAAAGCUCAAAGUUUUGACUGUCUCCGAGAACUUAAGGCGUAUACUGCAGGUUUCUCGUGCGUUUCAUCCAAAUUUUGCAGCAAAAUGGAGGCGCUACUUUUAUAUUUUUCCCCUUGAUGAUGGAGAUGGCCAGAUAAAUCAUAGUGAGAUGGGUUGUUCAAAUAGUGCUGAUGCAUUGGAUGAGGAGCAGAUAAACUGGCAGCCUGAAAAUGAUGAGGAAGAGCAAUCCAUAUCUUUGUUGGAUGGGAAUGAAGAUGACAAUAUGUACAAUAUUGUCGCAAAGCCAAGAAAUUUCAGUGUAGACAAGGUGAACCAACUUCUACGGCAGCUAGAAGGGAGGUCAUUAUCCUACAAAAUGUUUGCACGUGAUACAAAAGCCUCAAGAAGCACUGGACCACCCACAGAGUGUUUUAUGUUUCACGCUCGAGCUACAGAUGCCAAACUGCCUUAUUAUGACAAGAAUUGUGUAGGUGGACUGAGGGUGAUGUGUGUGGAACUGGUGGCGAAUCGCUUCCUGCGGAAGAUGGUCCGGGUUCUCAUUGCAACUGCCAUAAGAGAGGCAGCUGCUGGUGCAGAUGAUGAUGCUUUACUAAAGCUGAUGGAUGCUACAUGCAGACGCGCCACGGCUCCUCCAGCCCCCCCAGAAGGCCUCUGCCUCGUUGAUGUUGGUUAUGAGGAAUUCAAGCAAGAAAAUUGUCUGAUUUUGUCAACAGGAUUAUGAAUCGAGAACUCAAGCUUAUGUGGGACAAAUCUCUGAAAUUUCUCCUAGCAUCUCCCAACUGUCACCAGGCAACUGAACCAAUAUUUCAAUGAUAGGUUUAUAAAUUCAGUGGUAGGCCUAUCUACAUCAACGUUGGUGAGCCUGCUGCCCUUUGUCAGGCUGGUGUAAGCUAUCAUCGGCUUAUUUAAUGGUUGUUGUCCUGCCCAAAAUCGACUUGCCUAGCAGGAGAGUUGAGCAUGAAGAGUUUCAGUGAUUGUACAACUAAAUGCAUCACAUUUUAUUGGGUCAAAGAUUAUUAUACAAAAUGAGCCUCGUCUUUUGUGGCCUGCUGCAGAGUGUGAGGUUUUUCGGCAUUUUGGUGUCUUUCUUUACCACCACAAAAAUUUUAUAUUUUUCAUGCACUAUGUUAACGUGGUAUAAGAUGCCAGGGUAUUUCUUUGGUAACAUUGUUUUUUAGUGUCCUGUAAUUAUGCAAAUGACAAUUAUUAAGGCUAUUUAUAGGUAAUGAUGUUAGAGGCACUCCCAUUGAUGUGGAGGUUGACAUUAUGGACAAUGUUAUUAUUAAUAUGAUCCAUCGAAUUUGAAAA